UACAAGAAGCCUUCCCUCAUCGUUAAUAAAUUGAUUACAAAUUCCUGGGCAGCACACAUUUUUCACUGUUCUUGUUCGUUUUCUUUUGUAUACUGUGAAGGGGUGCUCUGAGAUCACAUAGAAAAAUGGUGAAGGCAGUUGCGGUUCUUAGCAGCAGUGAAGGUGUUAGUGGAACUGUUUUCUUCUUGCAAGAGGGAGAUGGUCCAACUACUGUGACUGGGAACAUUUCUGGUCUUAAGCCUGGGCUCCAUGGAUUCCAUGUUCAUGCCCUUGGGGACACAACAAAUGGUUGCAUGUCAACAGGACCCCACUUUAAUCCUGCCAACAAAGAGCAUGGUGCCCCAGAAGAUGAGAAUCGCCAUGCUGGUGAUCUAGGAAAUGUCACUGUUGGUGAUGAUGGCUGCGUGAGUUUCUCUAUUAUUGACAAACAGAUUCCUCUCAAUGGGCCACACUCCAUUAUUGGAAGGGCUGUUGUUGUCCACGCAGAUCCUGAUGACCUUGGCAAAGGGGGCCAUGAGCUGAGCAAAACCACAGGAAAUGCUGGUGGCAGAGUAGCUUGUGGUGUAAUUGGUCUGCAAGGCUGAAGUCUCUGCCCUGGUGACCGGAAGAAUAAUACGCAUUUGGAGAUGCAAUGGCCUAGAGAGCAAACUCUUUAUGUGAACUAGAAACGUCUUGAAUAAAAGUAAAAGAAUCCCUCUCGUCUGUACUUUUGUUGUGUAUGUUUUGUGACUUAAAAAAAGAGUGUUCUCGUAAUGGCAGCUUUGGAACCGCCUUUUCCUGGUCUUUUCCUUCUGGCAAUGGCCUCAUGAUUCAGCCAUUUUGAUUCUA